ACCCGCUAUAUUCCAAGUGGCCCCGUCACGGCAAUAUAGAAUAAACACAUAACAAAAUGGCUACUACACACUACACUACUUAUGCAUAAUCAUCACAAGAUAUAACAUAAAAUAAAAACAAUCGCAGUAGCUGUGUCAUUACUCGCUUGCUCUAUUGCGAGUUAUUUGUUUGAAUUAAGUGAAUAUUAUAGUUUGAAAAAAAAAUGUUGAUUACUUUCAAAAAUUUGCAGCAACAAACGUUUCAAAUUGAAAUUGAAGAAACUAAGACGGUGAAGGAAUUAAAAGAAAAAAUAGAAAAUGAGAAAGGAAAGGAUUAUCCAGCCGGACAUCAACGCCUUAUAUAUGCAGGAAAAAUUCUCAAUGACGAGCAAAUUAUUAGUUCUUAUAAUAUAGAUAAUAAGAAAUUUGUGGUUGUUAUGAUUGGUAAACCAAAAUCAUCAGAAAAUGUUACAAGUACUCCAGUAGUGCCUUUGCCCGCGGCGACACCAGCCACUCCAGGAGAUCAGCCAACCACACCAGAAAGUGCUCCUGAAAUUCCUCCUGCUACAGAGUCUGCUCAAGGUGAGCAGGUACCUCAACCCGAACCUGCAAAUGCAGAAUCAGCAUUAUUAAUGGGUGAUGAUUAUCAAACGAUGGUUCAAAAUAUAAUUGACAUGGGUUAUAGUCGAACACAAGUACAACAAGCGCUACGAGCUAGUUUCAAUAAUCCAGAUCGAGCAGUGGAAUAUCUAAUAACUGGAAUUCCUGAUCAAAUAUUUGAUGAUGCAGUAGAUUUGGAGGGAACAGUUGGCCAAAUAAAUGCUACAAUUGAUACCAGCUCUGAUAAUUCUGAGCCAUUGGCAUUUCUACGAAAUCAACCUCAAUUUCAACAAAUGCGAUCAGUUAUUCAACAAAAUCCGAGUUUGUUGAAUGCUGUUCUUCAACAGAUUGGUCAAACAAAUCCAGCAUUGCUGCAACUUAUCUCACUUCAUCAGCAAUCGUUUGUUCAAAUGUUAAAUGAACCUAUUAACACAACUGCACCUAGUCAAAGUUCAUCAAACCCAGAAAGUAGUCCCCAGGAAUCAAAUUUGGCAUCAGUAGCUGAAACUGCAGCCCCUACGGAAGAAGAUCUAGUAGAGAUUACGCCACAAGACAAACAGGCUAUAGAAAGAUUGAAAGCUCUUGGCUUUCCAGAACACAUGGUCGUGCAGGCAUAUUUUGCAUGUGAUAAAAAUGAAAAUUUAGCUGCUAACUUUUUGAUAUCACAAAUGUACGACGACUAAUAUUUUGUUAAGUUUUAUCUUUUUUUGUGUAAAGUUUAUUUUUGUAGCUCUUCAAAUUAUUUAAGGAAUUGUUUAUAUAUGCAACUAAUCAAGUAAUUUAUUAGAACAUACAAAUAUAUAUAUAUAUGUAAGUAUAUACAUAUAUGUAUAUGUAUGUAAUAUAUAUUUUAGUACAAGUCUGGAAUACUAU